AUGGGGCCCAUCACUCUUCCUCCCGGUUUUGAUUGUAAAGGGAAUUUACUACCUACUGGUUGUUCUUCAAACAAAGAGUCUUCUAAAGUUUGUAAAUUGACUAAGUCCUUAUACAGCUUAAAGCAGGCUUCUAGACAGUGGUUUUCAAAAUUUUCAACCACUUUGCUCAAUUCUGGAUUUUCUCAAUCCCGUUCUGAUUAUUCUUUUUUUACUCGGGUUCAAGGUUCUUCCUUUGUGGUUUUGUUGGUAUAUGUUGACGAUAUUAUAUUGGCCAGUAAUGAUUCUCAGGCUAUUUCCCAGUUGACUGAUUUCUUAAACACUCAGUUUAAAUUGAAAGACCGAGGUCCUCUCAAGUUUUUUCUUGGUUUAGAAGUUGCUCGGAAUACUCAGGGCAUUUCCAUUUCCCAGUGUAAAUAUGCCUUGGAGAUCAUUGAUGAAUGUGGGUUACUUGCCUCCAAGCCUGCAAAAUUUCCUAUGGAAUCCAACUUGAAGUUGUCUCAAUCUGAUGGUGUUUCACUUGAGGAUCCCUUGGUCUAUCGUCGGUUAGUUGGUCGUCUUCUAUAUUUGACCAUAACCUGGCCUGACAUUUCUUAUGCAGUCCAGAAACUCAGCCAGUUCAUGGCUCAUCCUCGUCAAACUCAUCUUGAUGCAGCCUAUAGAGUUUUAAGAUAUCUUAAAAGUUCUCCUGGUCAAGGCAUUUUCUUUUCUGCUGCAUUUGAACUUCAUUUAAAGGCUUUUUGUGAUUCGGAUUGGGCAGGUUGCCCGGAUACCCAUCGUUCUAUCACAAGAUAUUGUGUUUUCUUAGGUGAUUCUCUCAUUUCUUGGAAAUCUAAGAAACAACAAACCGUUUCUAGGUCUUCAGCCGAGGCAGAGUACCGGUCCAUGGCCUCCACAGCAUGUGAACUCAUUUGGCUUCUUGCUUUGCUUAAGGAUUUUAAUAUUGAGCAUCCACAGGCUGCAUUGCUUUUUUGUGACAGCAAGGCUACCCUCCAUAUUGCAGCAAACCCAGUUUUCCAUGAAAGGACCAAGCACAUCGAGCUUGACUGUCAUUUUGUUCGAGAUAAGAUUCAAGAUGGCAUUAUACGUACUCUCCACAUCAACACUCAGCAUCAGAUUGCUAAUAUCUUUACAGAAGCUUUAGCUUGGGGUCCUUUUUAG